AUGGGAGCUGGUCGCAAGCUGAAGUCGCAUCGUAUCAGGCAAAGGUGGGCUGAUAAGGCUUAUAAGAAAUCCCAUCUUGGCAAUGAAUGGAAGAAGCCAUUUGCAGGCUCCUCUCAUGCAAAAGGAAUAGAUGAAAUGCUGAUUGCUGGAUUUGGUCGUAAGGGGCAUGCUGUCGGAGAUAUUCCUGGAGUCCGGUUCAAGAUCGUGAAGAAAACUCCUAAAGGACCUAAACGAUUACAGGGAAGAGAUCCUCAACUAGGAGACGACUCCACCCCUGAUCCUUACGGACCUUACCCACAACUCAGGUUCUCCUCACCCAUUACAGAUUUCGAAAUUAUUUCUUUUUCUGAAUUAAAUGGAUGUAAAAUUCAUGGGUUAGCUGCUUUACAAUUGGAACAAGGAAUGGGUUUAAAAUCUUCAAUUGUAAUACUGGAAGUCUCCUUUAUGGAUGAGGAUGCGGGAGUUCAUGUGUUAUCAAAUGUGCGCCAUGUGAAUGUCGAGAGAAGAAGCAAAAGAAAACCUGGUGAAGUGGCCCCGGUCCCGGACGUAUUUUAUGGAGGCUACGGAGUCGUAGAGGGCACGACGCUUCUAGAAGAAGAGGUGGUGUUGGCGGCUACGGAGGAGGAGGAAAUGCAUGAAUAA